AUCGUCAGGUCUUGAACAACAUGGCGGUGUUUGUGAAAGGAGCGAGAGUCUUCAGACCAGGAGCGACUUUAUUUCACAAGUCCUGGUUCCAUGGUUCUGGGGUUCUUCAGUCCGGUCCUCCUCAGGCUGAGUUCUUCCCUCCGGCUGAAGGCGUCAUGCUGCCGACAGGAACCUUCAGUAAUAGAGUGGCUUUCAUUACAGGAGGGGGGACGGGUCUGGGCCGAGCCAUGACCACCACCCUGUCACAGCUGGGAGCACAGUGCAUCAUCGCCAGCAGGAAGUUGGAUGUCCUGCAGCAGACUGCCGAGGAGAUCAGCAGCCAGACUGGAAACAGGGUCCACGCGGUUCAGUGCGAUGUCAGAGAUCCUCAGGCCGUCUCUCGCUGUGUCGACCAGAUGGAGAGUCUGACAGGACUUCCUGAUGUAAUCAUCAACAACGCAGCAGGAAACUUUGUGUGUCCAUCAGAGCGUCUGUCAGCGAACGCCUGGAAGAGCAUCACCGACAUCGUCCUGAAUGGAACGGCCUUCGUCACUCUGGAGCUGGGCAAGAGACUGAUCCAGAAUCAGAAAGGUGCAUCUUUCCUGGCCAUCACCACCAUCUACGCUGAGUCUGGUUCUGGUUUUGUGGUCCCGAGUGCAUCAGCGAAGGCUGGAGUCGAGGUGCUCUACAAGUCUCUGGCUGCAGAGUGGGGGCGCUACGGCCACAGGUUCAACAUCAUCCAACCUGGACCAAUCAAAACCAAGGGGGCAUUCAGCCGGUUGGACCCAACUGGAGCAUUUGAGAAGGGGAUGCUCGAUCGGAUCCCGACAGGUCGACUUGGAAAACCAGCAGAGAUCGCAAAUCUCGCAGCGUACAUGAGCAGUGACUAUGCCACCUGGAUGUCUGGCACUGUGAUUCGAUUCGAUGGAGGAGAGUACGUGUUGAUGGCAGGAGAGUUUAACGAGCUGCGCAAGGUGACUGCAGAUCAGUGGAAGGUGAUGGAGGCAAUGAUCAGAAGCACUAAAGGAUCCUAAACAUUGUCCUCAUUGGACCACAAGAAUCAAUCAGAUCACUACCAUGUAAACGGUGGGCCCCGCCCAUUUGCCCAAUGUCAUUAUGAUGUCACAAUGAGACCGACCAAUGUCUGAGGGAGAAUCUUGAUAUUUCACUAAAAGACUGAUUGAUCAGCUGAUGGAGGAAGGAAAACAAAACACUGUGAGCUUGUAGCUGAUGAGGAGGUCAUGUGACUGUCUGUACAUGCUCAGUGUAAACACAAACAGUUUGAUAAUAAAAGGACAAAGUUCUCA